UUGUCUCUUCGGCUUGGCUGGUUAAUCAAUGGAGCUUUUCUAGAAAGCCUACAAUAUUAACGUGGCUAUUGUUGUUUAGUUAAGAAGCCAGCAGAUGAUCUCAUUGACAAAGAGAAAGGCCGAAGCUUACAGAGAGGAAGUAUGUCAUGAAGUGACCAACAAAAUGUUAGUGGGAGAGGUAGAAGAAAAAGCGCCUGCAAAUGAGAGAGGAAGCGAGAAUUAUACGAAAGAUGGGACAGUGGAUCUUAAGGGCAGACCUGUCUCGAGGUCAAAAACUGGAAGAUGGAGAGCUUGUUCCUUCAUUGUAGGUUAUGAAGUGUUUGAGAGGAUGGCAUACUAUGGAAUAGCAUCAAACCUAGUGGUUUACUUGACAGAUAAACUGCACGAGGGCACUGUGAAAUCUGCAAACAAUGUCACCAACUGGGCUGGCACUGUUUGGAUGACACCAAUUUUAGGUGCUUAUAUUGCAGAUGCUCAUCUUGGUCGAUUCUGGACUUUUGUCAUUUCGUCGCUCAUCUAUCUCUCGGGAAUGUCCCUGUUGACACUGGCUGUUUCAGUUCAUUCCCUGAGGCCACCAUCAUGCGGCCAAGGCAUCAAAAAAGAAGACUGCACAAAGCAAGCUUCUUCUCUGCAACUAGGCAUAUUCUACUCUGCACUGUAUAUAAUUGCAAUUGGGACUGGAGGGACCAAGCCCAACAUUUCCACCAUGGGAGCUGACCAGUUUGAUGAUUUUGAACCCAAUGAGAGAAUCCAUAAGCUAUCCUUCUUCAACUGGUGGAUGUUCAGCAUUUUCUUUGGUACCCUCUUCUCCAACACUUUCUUGAUAUACAUACAAGACACUGUGGGAUGGACUCUUGGCUAUGCCAUCCCUACACUAGGACUCUUCGUCUCCAUUGUGGUUUUCUUGGUGGGCACUCCAUUUUACAGGCACAAAUUGGCUGUAGGCAGCCCUUUUACUAGGAUGGCUAAGGUUCUUGUAGCAGCUGUUAAUAAGUGGAAGGUUUCUGUCCCAGAUGACCCUAAGCAGCUUUAUGAACUUGGUUUGGAGGAUUAUUCAAAUUCUGGAAUGUUCAGAAUUGAUCACACCCCUUCCUUGAGAUUCCUUGAUAAAGCUGCAGUGAAGACUGGUUCAUCAUCUCCGUGGAUGCUGUGUCCUGUGACUCAAGUUGAAGAAACCAAGCAAAUGAUAAAAAUGCUUCCAGUCUUACUUGCAACGUUUAUACCAAGCACAAUGCUAGCUCAAGUCACCACACUAUUUGUGAAGCAAGGCACCACAUUAGACAGGAGUAUGGGUCCUCAUUUUGAAAUCCCUCCCGCUUGUCUCACAGCAUUUGUAACCAUCUUCAUGCUCAUAAGCCUAGUCAUCUAUGACCGAUAUUUUGUUCCCACAAUCCGCCAUUACACGAAAAACCCUAGGGGGAUCACACUGCUUCAGAGAAUGGGAAUUGGAUUCGUGUUGCAUAUCAUUGUCAUGAUUAUAGCUUCCUUUGCUGAAAGGAAGAGACUAAGUGUUGCAAAAGAACAUGGCCUUUUUGUUAAAGAUGAUAAAAUUCCUCUCAGCAUUUUCAUACUUCUUCCUCAGUUUGCUUUGAUGGGGGUUGCAGAUACCUUUGUGGAAGUAGCAAAGCUGGAGUUUUUCUAUGAUCAAGCACCAGAAGGAAUGAAAAGCCUGGGAACCUCUUACUUCACUAGUAGCCUGGGAAUUGGGCAUUUUAUAAGCAGUCUGAUUCUAACAGCAGUUUCUGAUAUUACUAAAAGCCAUGGCAGCAGGGGAUGGAUUUUGAAUAAUCUGAAUAUUUCUCAUUUAGACUACUACUAUGCAUUUCUGGCAUUCCUCGGAUUCAUCAACUUAAUUUUCUAUGUAUUUGUCGCCAAGUCAUUUGUGUACAAUGUUGAUGUUGAUACCAACUCCAGAAAGGAUUUCCAGGAAGCCAUGGAAGCUUCACAUGUCUCAUAA